AUGGGUGGGUGUAUGUCCUCAGAGGCGACCAAGGCGGAGCCGGCGCGCACCGCGCCACCGUCCAGGCCAGCCCCAGCGCCAGCAACACAAAGCGAACCUGGGCAGGUGUCGACUGUCGGAGCGAGCUCGCAAACAGCUUCGACUUCGCACCAGCUGUCAACGCAGCACCAGCAGACGGUGUCGCAAAUCAGCCAGGUGACGACAGACGGUCAACUCAUCUCAAAUGGGAGCGGGGCGCCCCAGAGUAGCAGGCAACAGGGGUUGGCGGCGGCUCUCGCCGCUGCUCCGCCGUCGGAGGGCGACUCGCGGACAAAGAAGGACAACAGCCACCAGAUUGACAAGCAGCUAGACGACGACUCGAAGAAAUUUAAGAAGGAGUGCAAGCUUCUUCUCCUCGGGUCGGGCGAGUCAGGCAAAUCGACGAUCGUCAAGCAGAUGAAGAUCAUCCACCAGAACGGCUACACCAGGGAAGAACUCCUGGUGUUCAAGCCUACCAUCCACAGCAACGUGCUCGUCUCGGCACAAGCACUGGUGAUGGCGAUGAGGAAAAUCGGUGUCGAUCCCGAGGACCCCACGAACCGAACAUAUGCGGACCGCAUCUUGGGCUACAAGAUCGACGAGACGGGCCUCGUGUCGCAAGACCUGUUCCACGGCAUCGAGGCGCUCUGGCACGACCCCAUCAUCCCAGUCGUCAUGGACCGGUCCUCAGAAUUUUACCUCAUGGACUCGGCCACGUACUUCUUCUCCAACCUCGACCGCAUCGCGUCACCAGAAUACCUCCCCAAUGAGAACGACGUUCUCCGCGCACGGUCAAAAACAACGGGUAUCAGCGAGACAAGGUUUAACAUGGGCCAGCUCAGCAUCCACAUGUUUGAUGUCGGCGGACAGCGCAGUGAGCGCAAGAAGUGGAUCCACUGCUUCGAGGCGGUCACUUCGAUCAUCUUCUGCGUCGCGUUGAGCGAGUACGACCAGGUCCUGCUCGAGGAGAACGGGCAAAAUCGCAUGCAGGAGUCGCUGGUGUUAUUCGAGUCAGUCAUCAACUCGCGCUGGUUCCUGCGCACCUCGGUCAUUCUCUUCCUGAACAAGAUCGACAUCUUCAAGCAGAAGCUGCCCAAGGUGCCUCUUGUCAACUACUUCCCAGAGUACACUGGUGGCGCCGACAUUAACAAGGCGGCCAAGUAUAUCCUCUGGCGGUUCACGCAGACGAACCGCGCACGCUUGAGCAUUUACCCCCACCUAACACAAGCAACGGACACUUCAAACAUCAGGCUUGUAUUUGCGGCAGUCAAGGAGACGAUUCUGCAGAAUGCUCUGCGUGACUCGGGCAUCUUGUAA